AUGCGUUUCCUCACCUUGUCAAUUGCCGCUUUGGCAUCUGCCGUCACCGUCUUGGCCGCCGACGAGGUCAAAAUCGAUGUUACCCGCGCUGUCGAGUGUGAGCGCAAGUCCCAGAAGGGAGACAAGAUCUCUGUGCACUACAGAGGUACUCUUCAGGAUGGAGGCAAGCAAUUCGAUGCAAGCUACGACAGAGGGACGCCUUUGAGCUUCGUUGUUGGCAAGGGAAGCGUCAUCAAGGGUUGGGAUGACAACCUCCUUGAUAUGUGCAUUGGCGAGAAGAGAACUCUCACCAUCCCACCAGCUUUUGGCUACGGUGACAGAGCUAUGGGGCCAAUUCCGGCUGGCAGUACCUUGAUCUUCGAGACCGAAUUGAUGGGCAUUGAUGGAGUCGAGGCACCCGUAAGCAUUAUCGAGAAAUCCUCCGCUAGCAGCGUAGCAGAUUCCGCUACAGAAGGUGUGAAGCACGGAGCCGCCAGUGUUGUAUCCAAGGCCGCAGAGGCCGCAAUGACCAUCCUAGCUGACACUGAUGGCGAUGGACAGGAGCACAACGAGUUGUAG